CUUAUAUCGACCAAUCUGGUGACUGGAUUUCUCUCUGGGGUUAGAGCGCCUUGUCAUUUUCACAUACAAUUUUUGAACUCACCCUAGAGGGGGGCCAACCCGUACGUGUCCCCCCCUUGUAGGAGGAAUCCGCGUCAUCAAGUAGCUCGGAAAUAGAAGCCACAUCAUGGAAGCUUGUAGAGCUGUGAGCGAAUAGGUGGGGCAAGUGUGUACGAGGCUUCCUUCCCAAGUGAUAGCUCCUGUGUAUAAAGUUCGACAACAGCCCCUCUUGUUCCUUCCUUCCUUCUUCUCAUCAACUCAAGCUUCAUUGCAACACUUACCUUUUACACAAAACCAAAACCUUUCACAUCAAAUCAAUCAAAAUGUUCGGCUGGGGUGAAUCUUCCGACGCCUACGACCAGGCUUACAACGACAACCACGAGGGUAAGCUCUCUCACGAGGUCCUCGCUGGUGGUGCCUCUUUCGCUGCCAUGCACGCCUUUGAGGAGAGACAGCGCAAGGAGGGCAAGCCCGUCAACCACGAGUUCGCCAAGGAGCUCAUUGCUUCCUUCGCCGGUGCUGAGGUCGACAAACUCGUCGAGACCAAGGGCCUUGACUACGUCGACAAAGAGAAGGCCAAGCACCAGGCCAAGCAGAACGCCGAGCGUCUCUACGACGAGCAAUACGGCCAGUACGACCAGUACGACCCUCAGCAGCAGGGCCCUCCUGAGCACCUCCAGCGCCAGUUCGGUGGUUACGACAACUACUAAACAACUCAACUCGACCUCUUGAAGAGCUCGGGAACGACUGAUGAACAAAGAUCCAUGACGCAGAUCAUGAGAAUCAACGGUUGCAGCUAGGCAAUACGAAUGAAAACAAUUAUCAAGC